CACCGCCGCUACCACCACCACCUCCUUCGGCCAGGCCCCGACAACCGACACACGAGGGGAGUGCGAGGGUGUUGAUGUUGAUGUUCUCGACGACGGAUCUAUAAAACCUGGAGCGUCUUUGGGCGCGGCGUUAGAAGUCGCCAUGGAUCCGUCCGCCUCCGCCGCUCUGACCGUGGCCUUGUUAUUUCUGCUUGGCUGCAGCGCGGCCCCCCCGCUCCCGGCCCCGCCCCCGCCGUCCGUCCCGUCCCCAGUAAGCGAAACAUCCACCCCGACCGCGUCUGUUCUGCCCAAUGCCGAGCCCGUCGUGGUGUUCGGCUCCGGUCGCAGCCUGCCCGUGUCGGCGCACCGCCGCGUCCUGGACGCGCUGCACGGCCCGGGGCCGCUGACGGUGCGGCUGGCGUCGGGCGAGGAGCGCACCUUCUCCUCCGGCGCGGACUACGUGGCCGAGGCGGCGUCGCCGGCCGGCGCCGAGCUCCGCGGCGCCCAGUUCAUCGUGCCGGCCGAAGCCUUCCCCUGCGAGGUGGUUGCCGACAUCCUGGAGAUCGACUUCGCGCAGCGGACCUACCUGGUGCUGCCCGGCGGCGAGACGGUGCCCUACAUCCGGUACAUGGACCAGCACGAGGCCGGCGUCGUCUCGCACUACCCAGAGCACGGCGUCGUGCCCCCACUGCUCCACCACCUCCAGCACGACAAGCAGGACACCGGCGCCGUAAGCUACCCGGGCAGCAACCCCUACCAGCACCAGCCGCUCUACCACAAGCAGCCCGCCGUCUACGACUGGCUCACCCCCUUCGCCGCGGACGUGCCCCAGGACCAGCUUCAGGUGGCGCUGGGUGGCACGCAACGGUUAAGCAUGAAGGUGCACGACGCCGUCCUGGAAAGUUACGAAUCCGAGAAGCCCAUCAACGUGGACCUGGCGUCGGGGAAGCACGUGACCGUGAAGACGUACGACGAGCUCAUCUCCAAACAGGUGGACCCGCGCUACAUCUGCGCCCAGGUGUCCCUCGCGGGUGGCGUCAAGGUGCCUAUCGCGACCUACCGCGCCGUCGUGGACGCCCACAAGCACAAGGGCGUCUAUGUCGUGGACCCCGACGACCACCGGAUGCUUUACUCGGAGUACAUAGAGCAGCGCAAAGUGGCAAAGAAGGCCAAGAAAGACAAGAAGAAGCACGAAUAAAAUGGCUGGAAGAGGUGGUGUGGGACAGAACUAUUUUUUUAAAAAAGACAUCGCAAAUUGAGACUUGAAACACCUGACUUGAAGACUAAUAAAACGGAGCUUCAGUCGUAAGGUCGCCUGUGGGGAAGGAGGGUAGGCCACCCGCCCAACUCCUAAACGCCUGCGAACUCAGAGUAGGCAGACCCGUCACACACCAGAGACCGCUGGGUUGCCCACCCAACAGGCGCUUAUUGUGAGAGAAAAGGACGCUAAAGUCUUACUAGUACUGUUUCGAAUCAUUGUCUUGAUUCAAAAUAUGUUUUGUUAUCACAUCUUCAAACUGCAAACUGAAUGUUGCGGCAUUUCUUGAAAGAUAAGCUAAAUGAGGAAAACAAAUAGAACUCUGUUAAGAAUUUAUUUACAUUUUUAAUGUACAUACUUCAGAGUUAUUUUUGUUUAACUAUGUACCUGUCUGUAAAAAAUAUCAUUAAAACUAAUUUAUUGUC